GCCAUUUUGUAAACCAUUGUAAAGAUUUGAAGAGGAAGAAAUAUCGCAAUAAAAGCCAGAAAUAUCGCCAAUUUUUUCAUCUAAAUUAAAGAAUAUAGAAGCCUGAAGAUAACCAUGAAUCCUUUAACAAACGUCAAAAACAUUCAGAAAAUGAAUGAAAAGAUGUUGGAGAUGGGUGUGGAGGACAGCCAGGCAUGGCACAAGCAGUACAAAGAUAGUGCUUACGUCUUCAUAGGUGGCCUACCUUUUGAUCUCACUGAGGGCGAUGUCCUGUGUGUGUUUUCACAAUAUGGGGAAAUUGUGAACAUAAAUCUGGUGAGAGACAAGAAAACUGGAAAAUCAAAAGGAUUUUGCUUUUUGUGUUAUGAAGACCAGCGAAGCACAAUAUUGGCUGUGGACAACUUCAAUGGAAUCAAGCUUGGUGGCAGAAUAAUCAGAGUGGAUCACUGCUCAAAUUAUCGAAGACCAUUAAGUGAUGAAAAGGAUGAACAUGGGAAAAGAAAGGAGAUUAUUGAGGAAGGCUGUGCUCCUAAAACACCUUCACCAUCACCACCAGCCUCAGAAGAUGAGGAGAUCCUUGAACUACCAAAGAAAAGAAAGAAAGAGAAAAAAGCAAAGAAAGACAAGAAACUCAAAGAAGAGAAAUUACAAAAGAGAAAGAAAAUGUUGUCCAGCUUAGGGGAAGAGGAUCUUGAAGAACCUACCAAUAAAAAGAGAAGUGUGCUUGGGUCUGAUAACAAAAGGGAAGGGACUGACAGAGAUCUGUCUCGUGACCGUGAUUUGCGGAAUGUGAAAGCUAGUGUGAUGCACGACAGUGGACGUGAUCAGGAUUUUAGAGACCAUCACGCUUAUAAACAGGGUAGAGUUUCAAACAAACAUGGCCGCGAUGGGCACAUCAGUGAUCGUAAGCGUGAGCGAGAAAUUAAUGAAAGCGAUCGCGAAGCACGCAAUCGUGAACAUGAUAUUCGUGAGCGUAACCAUGAAGCACAUACUCACGAAUUCCGUGACAAUCACAUCACUAGUAACCGUAAGGAGCAAAGAGACAGAGACUAUCGCAACUCAUUGCGUGACAAUAGAGGGCAUGAGGUAGAUGGAAGAAAAAGAGAUAGGUUCAAUAGGCCAGGAGAUCAUCGAGAUGAAAGUAGGAAGUAUGAGAGACGGGACAGAAAUAACUUCAGUGAUCGAAGGGACAGAAGAUGACGGGUUUCAAACCAAAUUGUUCCCAGUUCCUUAAAAAACUUAGGUUUGAAAGCAAUACCAAACAAAAUUGUCACUUCAUGAUUUUAUUGUAAUAAAAUAUCCAUUUACAUUUGAUAAAGAA